AUGUACAUACACAGAAAUACACAUGCACAGACACAUGUACAUACAUACACAGACACGUACACACAGACACAUGUACGUACAUACACACAAACACACACACACAUACAUGUACAUACACGUAGACACAUGUACAGAUACACACAUGUACAUACACACAGACACAUGUACAAUUGUACAUGCAUACACAGACACACACACAUGUACACACGCGUACACACACACACGCCCCCCCCAUAAAAGUUGCAGUACUUCGUUCUUCACUCACAGAGCCGGGUACUGCACUCUAGGGGGAGGCAGAGAGCACAGCACACACUCCUUGCUUUGCUUAGACUGUGUUUAACUUUUGAGCAGUCUGACGGCUCCCAGUGCCAAUGACAGAUCCGGCCUGAGCUCGGAGCCUGCUCAGCAAGACGGCCCUGGGGGACACACUCGCCCCACCAUAAUUUCCACUCACCAUUGGCGAGCAGGUGAGUGGAAAUUUCAAACCCUGAUGUA